GCCCUCAACAUGCCUCAGAAGAUCUUGGUGACAGGAGGAGGUGGAUACAUUGGCAGCCACUGUGUUGUGGAGCUCAUAGAGGCUGGUUAUCACCCCGUGGUCAUCGAUAACUUCAGUAAUGCUGUCAGAGGAGAGGGUGAUGUUCCAGAAAGCUUGCGGAGAAUAGAGAAGUUUCUGAAUACUCAGAUUGAGUUCCAUGAGCUGGACCUUCUAGAUAAACCUGGGCUGGAGAAAAUAUUCAAAAAGCACUCCUUCUAUGCAGUGAUGCACUUCGCAGGACUGAAAGCUGUGGGUGAAUCAGUAGAACAGCCUUUACGAUACUACAGAGUCAAUCUCACAGGAACCAUCAAUCUGCUGGAGGUGAUGCAGUCUCAUGGAGUGCGUAAUUUGGUAUUCAGCAGUUCCGCCACCGUCUAUGGAGACCCCCAGAAACUCCCCAUUGAUGAGCAGCAUCCAGUGGGUGGCUGCACAAACCCAUAUGGCAAGACCAAGUACUUUAUAGAGGAAAUGAUCAGGGACCAAUGCACAGCAGAGAAGGAUUGGAAUGCUGUGCUGCUCAGGUACUUCAAUCCAAUUGGUGCUCACAUCUCAGGACAGAUUGGUGAAGAUCCACAGGGAAUCCCAAACAACCUUCUGCCUUAUGUUGCCCAGGUAGCUAUUGGCAGACGAAAACAUCUGAAUGUGUUUGGAAAUGACUACAGUACACCUGAUGGAACAGGUGUGAGAGACUACAUCCAUGUUGUUGACUUGGCAAAGGGGCACAUUGCUGCCGUCAGGAAACUGAAAGACAACUGUGGGUGUAAAGUUUAUAACCUGGGCACAGGUACAGGUUACUCAGUGCUGCAGAUGGUGAAUGCCAUGGAAAAAGCUUCAGGUCAAAAGAUUGCCUAUCAGAUCGCUCCUCGACGCAGCGGUGAUGUGGCCUCAUGCUAUGCAGAUCCAACUCUGGCGGAGAAAGAGCUGGCCUGGAAGGCUGAAUACGGCUUGGAGAGGAUGUGUGAAGAUCUAUGGCGCUGGCAAUCCCAGAAUCCCACAGGAUUCAGUAACGGAACACAGCCUUGAAACUGGAUGACUGCAGAAUGUUUCUUACGGGG